AUGAGCUCGGAGCCGAGGCCGGGUCUGCCCUUCCUCCCGGGCUGCUCCUUCAGGGACCCCACGAAAACAUCCUUUCAUCGCUCGCAGACGCUGGGCUACAAAAAUGGGUUUGCCUUUUCUCGGCUGCCAACAGUGGGGUUCGGCGGGGAGCGACUGUACGUGAAUCAGCCUACUCAAGCUGAAUUAGAUGAAUUAUGCUACACAGGACCCACACUGACCUACGGGGAAGCCAAGAAGAUUACUCCUUCAGGCUUCGUUCCAGCACACGUGGCUUUUGACAAAAAGGUUUUGAAGUUUGAUGCCUAUUUCCAGGAAGAUGUUCCUCUCUCUACAGAAGAGCAUUACCGUAUUCGCCAAGUGGGUAUCUAUUACUAUUUGGAAGAUGACACCAUAUCUGUCAUGGAGCCUGUUGUGAAGAACUGCGGUUUUCGUCAAGGCACAUUUAUCAGACGUCAUCGCGUGCCCAAGAAUGCCCUUGGGGAUCCUUACCACUGGAAGGAUCUGAAUCGAGGUAUCAACAUCACCAUGUAUGGCAGGACAUACCGCAUUGUUGACUGUGACCCAUUCACGCAGGUAUUCCUGGAGAGCCAAGGAAUUGAACUGAACCCUCCAGAGAAGAUGGUUUCUGAUCCUUACAUGGAACGGCGUCAGAUGCCCCUGCGAAUGUACAUCACACCAUCAGAUUUUGACCAACUCAAACAGUUCCUGACUUAUGACAAGCAGGUCCUUCGCUUCUACGCCAUGUGGGAUAACACAAACAGCAUGUUUGGUGAGAAUCGGCCUUUCAUCAUCCAUUACUACUUGGCAGAUGACACGGUGGAGGUUCGGGAAGUCCACGAGCCCAAUGAUGGCAGAGACCCAUUCCCAGUAUUCAUAAGACGCCAACGCUUGCCAAAAACCUUUGUGGACAAGAAAAAGACCUUCCCAAGCUGUGUGAUGGAAAUCUCUGAUCAGGAGGUACUUGAGUGGUUCACAGCUAAAGAUUUUGCUGUUGGCAAACCUACCACCCUCUAUGGACGCACGUUCUUCAUCUACGAUUGCGAUGAAUUCACACGUAACUUCUACCGUGACAAAUUCGGCAUCACAGACUUCCAGCCAGUGGAGAUAAAGAAGAAACCACCUGAGGAAGUACCACAGGUAAUUCCUCCAUAUAAUGGUUAUGGCUUCCUUGAAGACUCCCUUCAGAACUGCUAUUCUCUAUUUCCAAAGCCUCCCCGGAAAGAUAUCAUUAAAAUGCUAGAGAAUGACCACAAAGUGCUGCGGUACCAGGUGGCCCUGGAAUCUCCAAACCCAGUGGAUGAAAAGCGUCGCUUCAUCCUCUCUUAUUUCCUCUCCAAUGAUAUGAUCAGCAUCUAUGAACCACCAGUCCGUAACUCUGGCAUCAUUGGAGGCAAAUACUUAGGAAAGACCAGAGUUGCCAAACCAGGCUCUACUACAGACAAUCCUGUGUACUAUGGGCCCUCUGACCUCACCAUCGGUUCUACCAUUGAAGUGUUCGGCCACAGGUUUAUUAUCACUGAUGCUGAUGAACAUGUGCUCAAUUAUAUGGAAAGUAACGCAGAGAGUUUUCCUGCAUCAACACUACAGUCCAUGAGGGAUCAUUUUCGCUCACGGCAGGUGGUGGAGGAGACUGCCAAAAGUAAUGUUCCUGCUCCAGGAACCAGCAUACAGGAACUGGAUGAACUAAUUGAACGGGUUCAGGACGAGCUGAAGCUCCAUAACUACUUGAACUUCAGCAGCAUUCGGGAGGCAUUACUUCGUUGUGAUAAGGAUCAGUCUGGUUUCCUCAACAAAGCCAAAUUUUUAUCCAUUUGUGACAGCCUCAAGGUGCCAACCAGUGCCGCUCUGGUUAACAAGCUGAUUGACCUGUGCACCUAUGGAGGUGACCAGAUAAACUACCGUGACUUCCUUAGAGCCUUGCCCUUGUGAUCCUCGCCUAGAAGCUGAAGCACAAGACCAGCAAUGAUUUCCUUAGCUGAGCUGACUGUAAGACCUCACACUUUAAAAAGGAUGCUCUGGUUUUUACCUUUGAGUCUUUUCCUCUCUCUCUUCCUUCCUAAUUGCACCCUUGCUUGGAUAACUUUUUACCUUCCCAACCUGCCCCUGCUGUUUUUGCUGCCACCAAAAUCAAUCUCAUAACUGCUGAAUACUGAAAUGAAACCCACAAGGAAAGCAAAAAAUGGUUUGGAGAACCACAGCCAGGUUCUUCUAUUGAUCUCUCAACUUUUUAGUGCAGUACGGCAAGGCUUGCUAGAGCUAAAGCCUGGAGUGAUAAGCAUCUCAAUUUCAUACAGAGUUGAAAGGGGCCUGCAGUGAGAAGACUGCCAGUUUAAAUUUUCAUUUGCAUUGCAAGAAAACCUAAGAGUUCUGUCAGAAACCACAAUAAAUGCAUGCUAGCUAGUCUGACUAUAAGCAACUGAUGCAUGGCUUCUAUAAAAGUGUUAAAAAGUAUGCUUUAAAUAAAUGUACCUCAAUGCCAGGAA